AUGGGAAAAUAUACAAAAUACCUCAUCUAUUUUCCCAACGGAACUAACAUCUGCGCCAUAUGCCAGCAUGUAUUCAAUCGACAAAAGGAUUCUUGCACUACUAUCUAUAAUUACCACUUUAAGAAGCAUCAUGUAAACGUUUGGCAUGAAAUAAAUGGAAGAGAGCCAGAGCCGGAUAAUUAUCAACCAGUCGAGAAAAAGCCCAGAGAAUUGAUUCAAGUUGUAGAACCCGUUUGGAAUCCACAUGAUGUUCAAGCCGAUACUCCAGACUACGCGAAAAACACUGAGAUUUAUCGCUCAAUAAUGCAGUUGAUCGCAGGGGCAGGACUACCGAUUAGUUUUGUUGAUAAUCCAGUUUGGAGAAAUUUUUGCUCUGUGGCUCUCCCCAAACUCGAAUACAAGAACGAGAAUGAGUUCAAAAAAUAUGAAUUGCCAACGUUGUAUGAAGAGUAUAAGAUGAAGAUUGUGGGUGAACUCGAGGAAGCCUCUUCUAUUUCACUUAGUUUUGACCGAUGGAUUGACCCCUCCAAUGACUAUCAAUACGUGGGAAUUAUUGCUCGUUUAAAAAUGCAGUCUGGCGUAUUGAUUCGUGUGAUCGGUGUUGUGGAAAUCAAGCCUAAAAAUGACACUGGAGAGUAUCUUUACGAAAAACUUGAGGAACUUGUGAAGGAAUACAAAAUCAAGAGAAAAAUCGAUUUUAUCGUGAAAGACGGAAGUUUGAAUGUAGAAUGUGCUGCAAGACUAUUCGGAAAACCUAGUUUUAAUUGUAUUGCACGUAAAUUGGAGUUCGCUGUGAAAAGUGGAGCAGAGAAAUCAUUCCAGUCAACUUUGGACAAACUACUGAAAUUUAGAAGCAUUUUCAACAAAUCUGUAAAAGCCGAAAGAGAAUAUCGAAACAUUGAAUUAUCAAUGUCUUAUUUUAAAAAUUACGUGAGACACCGCUGGAAUGAAUGUCACGAUUUAUUCAAAGGUAUACUGAUGGUUCAACAAGAAGUUGACUCACUAACGACGACGACAUAUGAAGACUGGCCUAAAUUCACUCGAGAGGAUUGGACAACAGCUCAAGAUGUUCUCGAUGUUUUAAAACCGAUAGAAGAUGCAACACGUUUUGUUGAAUAUGGCAGAAUCGGCAUGACUAGUUCUGCAAUCAUACCUUUGUGCAAAGUACUUAUUCGAGAAUUUGAAAACAUCAACAAGCUCAGAGAUUUUUGCACAGUGUUUACUAAAAUUUUGGUUGAAGAGUUGGAGGUGUAUAAUGAGAAUGAAUUUUUGCAAAUGGGAAUGCUCCUUGAUGUCCGUUUCAAGGGUGAUUUUGCUGAAGAAAAAUGGAAAGAACAUCUAAUUGACAAACUGAUGAAGUCCGCUGCGGAAGGUAAACUGCAAGAAGAAACACAGCCAAAUGACAGUGUGAGACGCUUACGAGAUAAUCCAUUCCACCGUUUUAUGAGAGAAAAAAGAUCUGAAACUCCACAGGGAACAAAGCGUACUCAACAUGAAAUAAUUCGUGCGGAGGUUCAGAUAUGGUUUAAUGAAGCCAGUGACUCGGAAGCGAAUCCGGCCGACUACUGGGAGCGAUCAACCAGCAGAGAGAAAUUCCCAAAUCUAUAUCGUUUACAACAAGAAUAUCUUCAUACACCUGCUGCUGCCCCGGAAACAGUUGGAGAUCUUCCACUAAAUCGAUCUGCUACUUCGACAAAUAGAGGUCUAAUGAAUGCAGAAGAUUUCUCGAAAUUCCUCUUUUUACAAGAAAACAUUCGCAUUACUGGUCUCGGCUUAGAAUUUCAUCCUAUUUAUUUUACUGAUAAUUUUUGA